AUGAUAGUUUGUACAUGGAAUUACAGAGGAGCGGGGAAAAAGGGUUUCUCCUCUCUGAUCAAGGAUUUGGUUUACCAGAAUAAAGUGCAGGUGUUGGUGUUGCUGGAGACAAGGAUAAGUGGUAGGAAAGCUGAUAAGGUAGUAAGGAACUUAGGUUUCGAUAGUUUUUUCUUAAGGGAAGCAGCUGGUUUUUCUGGGGGAAUCUGGAUUCUCUGGAAUAAGAAUAUAGCUACUGUGAGGAUCCUGGAGGAGGACCAUCAGUUUGUUCAUUCAAAAAUUGUGUGGGUGGAUUCAGGUUUGGAAGAAUUGUUUACUUUUGUCUAUGCUAGCCCUAGGAGGAUGGAGAGGAAAGUCCUAUGGGAUAACCUGAGGAGUCUGGCUUCUGUUGGGGGGAAGUGGGCUACAAUGGGAGAUUUUAAUGUGUAUAUGGAAGAAGGGGAGAAACAAGGGGGUGCUGUGGUGAACUGGGACAGCAUCCAGGAUUUUAAUUCCUGCCUUAGUGAUUGUGGUUUGUCUGAUCUUGGUGCUUCUGGGCCCAUGUUCACCUGGAGGAGGGGGCUUUACAGGAGAAAUUAG